AUGAAGCAAAUCCAUUCCCUCAUAAUCACCAAUGGCCACCUCCAUCAACACCAAAAUGUUCCAUCAUCAUCAUUAUCCCUUCCAUGGAUGCCUACUCUUCUCUACAAUGCCCUCAUCAGUGCCUAUCACAUUCACAACCACAACAAGGCUCUUUCCAUUUUCACUCACAUGCUUGCAAACCAAGCCCCGCCCAAUAGUCACACUUUCCCUCCUCUUCUCAAAAUUUCCCCUCUUCCUUUGGGUGCUACCCUUCACUCACAGACCCUCAAGCGUGGCCUUUUAUCUGACGGCUUCAUUCUCACUACCCUCCUUGCUCUCUAUGCAAGAAACCACCUCCUUCCUCAUGCACGCAUGGUGUUUGAGGAAUUUCCCAUGUUUUGCAUUGUUGCGUGCAACGCAAUGAUCAAUGCUUUCUCCAUGAAUGGGGACAUGGAGGCUGCUGUGGCUCUCUUUGAACGCAUGCCCCGAAGGGAUGUCUUCUCGUGGACGACUGUUGUGGAUGGUUUUGCUUUGAAGGGGAAUUUCGGUGCCUCGAUUCGGUUUUUCAGGAACAUGAUGAAUCAUAAGGAUGUGGUGGCCGGUUUGGUGAAGCCUAAUGAGGCUACUUGUUCUAGUGUGCUCUCUUCUUGUGCCAAUUUAGAUGGUAAAACAGCUCUUGAUUGGGGAAAGCAGGUUCAUGGUUAUGUAGUGAUGAAUGAGGUCAAGUUGGGAGUUUUUGUGGGAACUUCGUUGAUACAUCUUUAUGGGAAAAUGGGGUGCUUGAGUAAUGCUGAGAAUGUUUUCAGAGUAAUGGUUGUCAGAGAGGUAUGCACUUGGAAUGCAAUGAUUUCUUCAUUGGCUUCCCAUGGUAGAGAGAAGAAUGCUCUGGACAUGUUUGAUAGGAUGAAGCUUCAUGGGUUGAAACCAAAUAGCAUUACCUUUGCUGCAGUUCUUACAGCGUGUGCUCGAGGAAAUUUGGUUAGGGAAGGAUUGGAUUUGUUUCGAUCAAUGUGGUAUGACUUUGGAAUAGAGCCAAAUUUGAAGCACUAUGGAUGCGUGAUUGAUCUUUUGGGUAGAGCAGGGCAUAUUGAAGAAGCAGCUGAAAUCAUAAGAAAUAUGCCUUUUCAGCCUGAUGCAUCUGUUUUGGGAGCAUUUUUGGGAGCAUGUAGGAUUCAUGGAGCUAUUGAACUAGGAGAAGAAAUAGGAAAAAAUAUGCUUAGAUUGCAGACACAACACUCUGGUCAAUAUGUGUUAUUGUCAAGCAUGAAUGCGGAGAAGGAAAGAUGGGAUCGUGCUGCUAAUCUGAGGAGAGAAAUAAUGGAGGCUGGAAUUCAGAAAAUUCCAGCAUACAGUAUGCUUCACUUGACAUAA